UGAGAUAUCAAUAGCCCCCCCACUCUCUCUCUCUCUCUCUCUCUCUCUCACACACACACACACACACACAGUGAAGAGACCUGUCAAAUGUGAAGGAAAGAAACAGAAAUUGAUAAGACCAGUCAAAUGUAAAAAAGAAAAAAAAAAAAAAAAAAACAAAAAACAAAAAACAAAAAAAAAAGAAAAAGGAAAAGAAAACUUGCAUGGGUAUGAGGCAUAAAAGAUUGCAAUUUUGGGGGCCUUUGUUUCUCUCCUCAUGUUUAUAUAAACCUGACCUCUUAGAUUGUCUCAGACCCACACUUUUUUCCUUUCUUUUCUUUUCCUUUCCUUUCUUUCCCCCGACUGCAACCUGUGUAUCCAAGAGUAUCAAAUCACUACCCAUUCCUUCUUUCUCUCCCAUCAUUUUCUUCAACCCUUUCCAUUUCCAAUUCCAAAGCCCUCAUAUGGCAGCCUUUUCCUACCAACACCACCCUUUUCUUGUUGACUCUGUUUUCACUCCCAUUAAGAUGUCUGGCUUUUCUGAGGAACCAAACAACACCACCACCACCACCACCACUUUUUCUCAAUUUCACCCUUUUGAACCUCCUCCUCUUCAAGAUCAUCAUCAUCAACAGAUUAAUCCUGUUCAUGAAAGUAAUAAUAAUAAUGAACCUUCUGUCAUGACUUGCAAACACAGUACAGAUUCUUCAAUAUCAGUGGCUGAUCAUAAGCUUGAAAGUGGUGAACAAGUCACACAGAAGGUCUCUCCCAUGGACAAGAAGAGAAAAAACAGAGAUGGCUCUUCCUCCUUCAGUACUUCUGUUCAGUCCAAGGAUAUUGUGAGAGAAGUGAAAGACAAGAAGCAAAAGAAAUGUAGUGGGGUCAUGAAAGAUGUUGAAGAAAAGAAGGCCAAAGCUGAUAAGGAGGAGCAGAAGAAAGUUUCUGAAGAAGGUCCAACAGGUUACAUUCAUGUUAGAGCAAGGAGGGGCCAGGCAACAGACAGCCACAGCCUUGCAGAGAGGGUAAGGAGAGAGAGAAUAAGUGAGAGGAUGAAGUUGUUGCAAUCUCUUGUUCCUGGCUGUGACAAGGUAACUGGAAAGGCCCUUGUGUUGGAUGAAAUAAUCAACUAUGUCCAGUCCCUACAAAAUCAAGUAGAGUUCCUCUCCAUGAAGCUUGCUUGUGUGAAUCCCAUGUUCUCUGACUUUGGAAUGGACUUGGAUACAUUCAUGGUUAGUCCUGAGCAGGGAUCAAGUGGCUUAACAACUCCACAGCCAAACGUGCAGCAACAGUGCAGCCCAGCCCAGCCCACUGUUUUUUCUGAUGCAACAACCACCUUCACCACAACCAUUAACUAUCCUCUUCUGGACACUCCAUCUAAUUCACUUGUAUUUCAACAAGGACAGAGCAGGCCAAAUGUUCUCUCUCAGGCCCAGGAUAAUGGACAGCUCUUAUGGGGGGAUAUGGAUGACCACAGACAAGAAUCCAUUAGUCAAUCUACAUUCAGCAACAACUUGUAUUCUUUCCAUUAAUAUGGUACCUAGCUAAAACUGCCCUACAAACAUUUGCAGCAGAACUAGAGGAAAGAAACCAAGAAAUCAAAAUAGGCCACUUAGUCUCUGAUUCCAAGACCAGUUCAUCAAUGAAAGAAGCAAAAUCAAUGGAUUGAGAGACACAAAAGGACAACAUAUAACCAGCCAAAUAAGACUAGAUAUUUUGUAGAUCCCUUGUUUCUUGUCCAAUUAAUUGACUCCCAAAGUCAUCAAAGCACAAAUUCCUAGAGAUGGGGGUUGUUGUUGUUGUUGUGGUGAAACCUAUAAAUAGUGCAAAUGAUGUGAAAAAAAUAGUGAUAUUAUUCAUAUUGAAUACUAGUAUGAUGAUUCUUCUUAUUGUGCAACAGUUGUUCUGUUAUUAUAGUUAAUUUUACCGUUGUGUU